GUGGUCCUUAUAAACCAAACAAAGAAAAAACAGAUAAGAUAAAUAAAUAAAAUUACGUAAGAAAAUAUUCAAGCCAAUUGCAGGUGAUUUAACAGGAUUAUCAAUUUCAUCCCCUCAAGGCAGGAUCCUUGACGCUGUGACAUCAGUUCAUCAUGUGUUUAUUGUUCCUGUACAUAAAUCCUCACCUGAAGAAGGGAGAAUAUAAAAUAAUAUUGGUCAACAACCGAGAUGAGUUAUAUUCCAGGCCGACCAAACCUGCACAUUUAUGGGACUCUAAAAUAUAUGGAGGUAUGGAUGUUGAAGAGGGCAAGGAGGGAGGAACAUGGCUAGGUGUCUCUGAAACUGGUAAGAUUUCGUGUUUGCUGAAUAUUUUCCAGCCUUCAGGCCAGUUCAAAAAGGAUGGGGCUUCAAGAGGUUUCUUGGUGGUCAAGUACCUUCAGGCAGAACAAAGUGGAGCAGAAUAUUUGGAACAUAUUAUUAAGUCAAAUCUUGUAUAUAACCCUUUUAAUCUAUUAACAAUGGACCCAGGAGAACUCUCCUAUGAUGUAACAUAUUAUAAUAGUGAAAAUAACUUUUAUCAAAAGAUUCAGCCUGGAGUUCAUGGAUUUGGUAAUUCCUUCAUUAACAAACCAUUCAGGAAAGUUAAGAAAGGUGAAAUGAAAUUUCAAGAGAUAAUUAAAACAUAUGGAAAAACCGAGAGUGAGGAACAACUGAUAAAUGAACUGAUUACUAUGAUGCAAAACUCUGAGAAGAAUUUUCCUGAUGAGCAGUUAGCAGAGCAGGGCAAAGGUCAAUCAGAAGACUUUGUGAAAAGCCUCUCCAGCAUUUUUGUCACCUUCCCUGGUGUGGGUUAUGGAACAAGGACAACAUCUGUCAUUCUUGUGGACCACUUGAACAGAGUUAUGUUUAAGGAGCGAACAAUGAAGGAACCAAUCAACCUGGAGGCACCUGAAUGGGAAGUAAAUGAACAUAGUUUCAUUUCAAAGAAGAAAUACUGAAAAUGCCUGUAAACUCUUAAAUGCAGUAUUUACUAUACAAUAUUAAUUUCUGAAGACAGUAGUCUGCUGUGUCUGUACAGUCUUUGCAUUCAUGUUAAAAGAGCUCUACCUGAAUCACUUGUACACAUUUUGUGUAUACAGUAUUUAGAAGUUUUAUGAUUUUUUCUGUAUAAUCUAUUAUAUAUCAUGAAAAAUAUUUUUAUCUGAAUCCCUUGGAUUUAUAGCCUGCUUAUCUUCAGCAGUCUUAUUACAAACAGUAUGCUGUAAGAAUUAAGAUGAAGCUUUGUACAGUACUAUACUGGAAUGCAAAAUAGUAAUUUCUCAAGGGUACAUUUAAUGUUCAUGAAACGGUUCUUCCACUCUCUUGUACCCGUUUUCCUUAUGAAAUAACCAUGUAUACUCUCUACCAGUCUCGAGGUACCUUCCCUUCUUUCAGGUAUAUACUGAACAAAUACACCAACCACUAAAACUAUACCCCACCUGCAUUUAAUAUCUCAGUCUUAAUCCCAUCUGUCCCAGUUGCUUUCACUUCCUCAUGUACUUUCCUCACAUUCACUUUUUUUUCCUUCUCUUUUUUUUUUUUUUUCAACAAGUCGGCCAUCUCCCACAGAGGCAGGGUGAAUCAAAGAGAAAGAAAAUCCCCAAAAAGAAAAUACUUUCAUCAUCAUUCAACACUUUCACCUCACUCACACGUAAUCACUGUUUUUGCAGAGGUGCCCAGAAUACAACAGUUUAGAAGUAUAUACAUGUACGUAUAAAAAUACACAAUACAGUGGACCCCUGGUUUACGAUCACCUCCCAAUGCGACCAAUUAUGUAAGUGUAUUUAUGUAGGUGCGUUUGUACGUGUAUGUUUGGGGGUCUGAAAUGGACUAAUCUAAUUCACAAUAUUCCUUAUGGGAACAAAUUCGUUCAGUACUGGCACCUGAACAUACUUCUAGAAUGAAAUAAUAUCGUAAACCGGGGUCCACUGUAUGUAUAUAUCUCCAAACUGCCAAUAUCCCAAACCCCUCCUUUAGAGUGCAGGCACUGUACUUCCCAUUUCCAGGACUCAAGUCCGGUUAUAUAAAAUAACCGGUUUCCCUGAAUCCCUUCACUAAAUAUUACCCUGCUCACACUCCAACAGAUCGUCAGGUCUCAAAUACCAUUUGUCUCCAUUCACUCCUAUCUAACAUGCUCACGCACGCUUGCUGGAAGCCCAAACCCCUCACCCACAACACCUCCUUUACCCCCUCCCUCCAACCUUUUCGAGGACGACCCCUAUCCCACCUUCCUUCCCCUACAGAUUUAUACGCUCUCCAUGUCAAUCUACUUUGAUCCAUUCUCUCUAAAUGACCAAACCACCUCAACAAACCCUCUUCAGCCCUCUGACUAAUACUUUUAUUAACUCCACACCUUCUCCUAAUUUCCACACUGAAUUUUCUGCAUAAUAUUUACACCACACAUUGCUCUUAGACAGGACAUCUCCACUGCCUCCAACUGCCUCCUUGCUGCAGCAUUUACAACCCAAGCUUCACACCCAUAUAAGAGUGUUGGUACUACUAUACUUUCAUACAUUCCCUUCUUUGCCUCCAUAGAUACU